AUGUCUUCUGCAAUGGAGUCAUCGUACCUUCCUGCCACUACUGAGUCAAUUGAAAAAGCUCAGGAGGCUAAGGAUGCUUCAGAGUCAAUUUCAAUCCUUUACCGUCUGAUCCAAGACCCGUCUUCAUCUGCAGAUGCACUGAGAACAAAAGAGCUUGCGAUUACCAACCUUACAAACUACCUCACUAAAGAGAACCGUGCCGAGGAUCUGCGAAAUCUCUUGACCCAGCUGAGGCCGUUUUUCUCACUGAUUCCCAAGGCCAAGACUGCAAAAAUUGUCCGUGGAAUCAUUGAUGCUGUCGCCAAGAUUCCUGGAACAUCUGAUCUUCAGAUCUCGCUCUGCAAGGAGAUGGUGGAAUGGACGCGUGCAGAGAAACGUACAUUCCUCAGGCAGCGUGUGGAGGCAAGGUUAGCGGCCCUUCUUCUGGAGAAUCAAGAGUACACUGAAGCCCUGACCCUCCUUACUGGACUUAUCAAGGAAGUCAGGAGACUUGAUGACAAGUUGCUCCUUGUGGACAUUGACCUUUUGGAAAGCAAACUCCACUUCUCUCUGAGAAAUCUGCCUAAGGCCAAAGCUUCACUGACCGCCGCAAGAACAGCGGCGAAUGCCAUUUAUGUUCCACCAGCUCAGCAGGGCACUAUUGAUCUGCAGAGUGGAAUCCUUCAUGCGGAAGAGAAGGACUACAAAACUGCUUACAGCUACUUCUUUGAAGCAUUCGAGGCCUUCAAUGCACUGGACGACCCAAGAGCUAUAUCCAGCUUGAAGUACAUGCUCUUGUGCAAGAUAAUGGUCAACCAGGCUGACGAUGUUGCUGGAAUAAUCUCAUCUAAGGCUAGCCUGAAGUAUGUGGGUUCUGAUGUUGAUGCUAUGAAAGCUGUGGCUGAUGCCUACUCUAAAAGAUCUCUCAAGUACUUUGAAACCGCCCUUCGUGAUUUCAAAGCCCAGCUGGAGGAGGACCCUAUUGUCCACAGGCAUCUUUCAUCUCUGUAUGAUACCCUUCUGGAGCAGAACCUCUGCAGGUUGAUUGAGCCCUACUCGAGGGUGGAGAUUGAGCAUGUCGCGCAGAUGAUUGAAUUGCCAGUUGACCAUGUCGAGAAGAAGCUGUCACAGAUGAUCCUUGACAAGAAAUUUGCUGGUACUCUGGAUCAAGGUGCUGGUUGCCUCAUUAUCUUUGAGGAGCAGAAAACUGAGGCCAUCUUCCCUGCCACACUCGAAACUAUUUCAAACGUUGGGAAGGUUGUGGACAGUCUUUACAUGAGAUAUGCUUCAUACACAAUGCUGAGAGGUUGGAUGGCUUUUCACUGGCAUCGGCGGUCAAUAUGCUGA